AAAAUUUUUAACCGUUUAGCUUCAUAAAACGAGACGUAAUUUUGACAUUUCAAUUACUGACAAGACAAUUCAAUUGUCACUGGUGACGUGUGCGGUUUAUUUAUAUUUGUAAUAUUUAUGAUUUAAGAUAAGAUAGAAACCACAAUUUAAAAUAAUUUACACAAAAUAUACAGCCCAAAAUGGACCCCAGUGAAGAUAUGUGCAAAAGUCUAGCCAAGUGGCUUCAAAAAAUUGUCCCCAACAAAACGAGAACAAUUCAAGAAAUUUGUGAUGGUGUAGGAAUGUUGGAUGCCUUACUGCAAAUAUCACCAGAACAUUUCAGUAAACUUGAAACGAAAAUUAAGAGAGACGUUGGGGCCAACAACUGGAGACUAAGAAUUAGUAAUUUAAAGAAAAUACUAGAAGCUGUGAUAGAAUAUUACCAGGAUGUUUUGACUUUAAACGUUCUAGAAUCAGGGGUGCCUGAUGUCGUUAAAAUGGGAGAAAGCAACGAUCUUGUGCAAUUGGCGAAACUGUUGCGUUUAAUAUUAGGUUGUGCAAUAAAUUGUGAAAAAAAGCAGGAAUACAUCACCAUGAUUAUGGACAUGGAAGAAUCCAUCCAGCAAAACAUUAAACAGGCUAUCGAGCAAUUAGAAGAGGUAACCGGUGGAUCCGGUCGUUCCAUAAGCCUGCUAAUUCUCGACAGUGAUACAAGAGUUAUGAAAUUAGUCAGCGAUUUAGAAUCUUCUAAUAAGUCGAGGGAAGCGCUAACGCACCAAGUUCAGAGUCUCGAGCAACAAAUCCAGUCUCUUUUAGACGAUAAAAAAAUUUUACAAGAUCAACACCAAGCCCUGCUGGAACGAGAAGCCAAAAAUCCCCAAGAGAACAUAAGGAAGCAGUUGGAAGCGUUGAAGGAGGAAUUGUUCAAGUCCGAAGUAAUGAGAGACGACUUCAAAGCCAAAUUGUUCGAACAGGAAAAACAGAUCCUCACUUACCAAGAGAAAAUCACCGAGCUACAGCUGGCUGCCAAUGAAUCUGCUAAAUUGAAAGAUGAAAUAGACGCUCUCACUGAAUCUGCCAGUAAAGUCGUAAACCUAGAAUCAGCCCUAACAUCGUACAAAAAACGAUUAGAAAACUACCAAGACAUCAAACGAAAUCUCCAAAAAUUGGAGGAGAAAAAUAUGGAAUACAUUCAGAAAAACAUGGAAUUAGAAGAGGAGAUAUCGAAGAACAGCACAUGGAAGAGCCAAUGCGAAGCGUACAAAAACGAAAUACUAGAAUUACAGCAAAAAUUGGACGAAGAAACUCAAAAGUACGACAAAGCAGCCUUUAAUUACGAGAAAAUCAAAGAGAAAUUCGAGACAUUACAGGGUGAAAAGGAGAGACUGAUGUUAGAAAGGGACGCUUUAAGGGAAGAAAACGAAGAGCUUAAACUGAGUCCCAAAGGCGAAAACGGAGCGGCCGUGUCUCAAGAACUAACGCCAGCUGAAAUGGAACGAAAAUUGAAAUUAUUAGAAAAGGAAAAUAAAACGCUCAAAAGUUCUAGUCAAGAAUUGGAUUCGAAACAAGUCCACCUCGAAAGCGCUCUCAGUAGGAUAGACAAACUUCAACAGAAGAACAAGUCACUAAACCAAACUAUAUUAAAAUUAGAAGCGCAAUUAGAGGAGCUUAAAGCCCAACAAUCAGAGACCCAAAGCACGUCUAAUAGCAGUUCAAUAGGCAAAGAGUACAGACAAAAGAUAGUCCAACUCCAAGAAAGUUUAUCUUCCAAAGAAAACGAAUUGCAAAUCUUACAGACGAAGUACAACAGGAACUUAGAGAAGGCUAGGGAAGUAGCACAAAACCUGGAUUUAAAGUCUAAUGGCGACGUCGAUUCGUCCUUGAGGCAAUCUAAUCAGGAAGAAAACAGACUUCUAACAACCGCUUUCAACAGGCUAACGUUGAAUUGCCACAAGGAAACCAUAGAUGAAAGGCUGAGCGCGUUAAACGGAGCCCAAGGGCAAUCGUUCUUAUCCAGACAAAGGCAAUCAACACCAAGGAAACCAAUGCAAAGGUUCAAAUCCAAGUAAAAAUUGUGCAAAUAAUUUAAUUAUGUAAGAUACAAAGUAGUUGGUAUUAGGGUGGAAUAUGAUAAUUAUUUAUCUUCCACGUUUCUUUUAGUUGUGAUAUAUUUUAUUUAUUUUUUUAACUGAUAGGUUUAUGUCCGAGAUUCGUACUACUGUCCUUGCAAUUCCUAGUAUUAAUGUUUGUUUCGAUUUGUUUUCAUAUUGUGGGAAACAUUUUUUUGUAUACAUUGAAAUAUCCCUGAUACUAACUACUGUGAUGCGAUUUUUAAAACCAUUAUUUUUAAUCUUAUAUUUAUAUAUGUAUGUGAAUUAGGCCGAUGUUUUAUGUUGGUUGUAAGUCUUUUUUAUGUGUGAAAUACCUGAGUUGAUCGACCUAAUUUUUUUUUAGAAAAUUUCAUAUACAGGGUGAGUCCAAUAUGAAUACUCCUUUUACAUACUAACAGUGUGCUUUUUUAUUUAUACAUUUCUGUAGAAACUAAAUAGAAUUCAUCCUGUAUAUAUCAGAGAUUAGUUAACCUUUUCAUAUACACGUUUUUACUUUCAUCUGGACCAAAU